AUGAAUUCUCCCACAAAUUCUGAAUCACCAACUCUCAAUGCCAAUUCCAUUGAAAAUAACACAUCAACCAUCCAUUCACGUGCAAAAAUACCUUUGAUGUGUUAUGAUAGAUCAUUAAAACCAUUAAAAGAAGGUGGUUGGGGUAUGUGGAAUAUACAAUUACGACAAGUUGCUCAAAAGAUUUGGAUAUACAACAGAUUUUUACAAAUGCAUAAAUCGGCAAAUAAUUCAAUAUACAUGAUAAGUUGGAUGGAUCAAAUCAUCAACAAAUCAAUCUCUUCUCCAUACCUUAUAAAAAUCAAAAGAGAAUGGGAAAACUAUGCAACUCAAAUUGGACAUCUAAAAGAUAAAGUUCAAAUCCUACAACCAAUAUUAAUAAAAAAUCAAACCUCUCAAACAUUAAACACAAAUAAUAUUCCACUACCACCAACACUCAAAGAAAUCUACUCGACAAUACUCAACAAUCACCAAUGUAAAUCAAAAGACUAUAUUGGCAAGAAAUAUUCAGAUCUACUUCUUACUUCGCACCAACAAUCAAUACAACUAUUAUGGAAAUACACAUACGACCAACUAUUUGUCAAAAUUCAAAAAUUAAAAGAUCCAAAAGGGCGUGAUACAAUGCAAAGAUUCCAUGCUAGAUGUCUUCCGAUUAAUCAUCUACACAACAAAGUUUGCCCCAUUUGCAACAAUGAAAUGAAUAAUGAUCCCUAUGAUUGGAAUAUUCAAGAACAUUAUCAAACUUUAACCAAUACUCAAUUAAAAACAACCUCACAAAAAGAAACCCAAUGGUCCGAAACCAUCAAAAAAUUUAAAAAAGAAUGGAGCAUAAACACAAAUGAAUCAAUUCCAACAAUUACACCACCAAUUAAUUAUUAA